UACAUUUAUAUAAUGAAUUUUAGUUGUCUUUCACCCCCACAACUCCUCUCAUCUUCCUCUGGAUCCCUUCUCCACAAGUCCACCUCCAGCCUCCAACGCUUCGAGUUUCCUGUCCCACUGUGAUGACAGACUUGCGCAAUCUAAUUUCUGAAAAUGGAAAGUACACAGAGCAAAUGUGACCUCGAUUUUGCAGAAAGAUGAACAGAAGAUACAUCUUGCCCAAAUACCACCAGAUCCUAGGUUCCAACAACAUUCUUCCCUCUAGAGUUUAGAACUUUGAUUUUUGAGGAGACUCGCAGUAGAAAGACUUGCUUCUAUCUGUCUACUGGAAAACAGUGGGUGGUAUUUGCUUGAUGAGGAAGUCUAUGGAGCAGGAAAUCAGACAUAGUUGGGCUCAGGGGCUUUGCAGAUUAAUAGCUAAUGUCCAACACUAGUCAGAAAACGCGGUCUGCACUAGAGCUCCUCCUGGUGGCCCCAUCUCCUAACUGCAUCUGCAUCUCGCGGGCUUGAAGACUGGAUGGAACCUCCAAGGGCCAGCGGAACUAGCUUCUGCGCGCCCCACUGGCUUCUGCGCGGCCCUCCUCACGUGGCGCUCUUCACCACGGUUGCUCUGAGACACAACCGCAGCUGCGUUGGAUUACCAAGAGGUAAUGAGGGACAUAUGGAGGUGGCAGCUGCCUGCCUGCAGGAAUACCAGGGCAGGAAGAUCUGGACCUAAAAGCAACCCCUUCAGGAUUGCCCUAUUCUAACCUUGGGGUCGUGACAGAGUAUGUAUCCAUGACCCUUGAACAGACCACAUUAAGGACAAGCGUUGGACACUACUUCCUGGGAAGUUUCAAUUGUAUCCUAGCUUCUUUUUUCUCCCCAAUACAACCCUACGGUGAUUCUUGUCACUGAGAAGAGCCUUUGAAGGAGAUUAUUACAUUUUUAUAAAAGUCACCUCAUAACGGGAGAGGAACUUAUCCUCACAUUCCUCUGAAACAUCUUGAUGAAUAUGCCACAGAAUCGUCUGUGGAUAAAAAAGGAGCUGAGAUUAUUGGGGGUCAUACAACUAAUAACAAGCCUGAUUGUACAGAGCCUGGGAUACUUCUGGACAUACCUGUUCUUUUCUCAAACUAUUGUAUUUGGACUGGGAAGUAAUUAUCCUCCUAUCACAGGAAGUUCAGGAUACCCACUUUGGGCCUCCUUGCUUUUUAGCCUAUCAGGAAGUUUUUCAAUAAUACUACAGAAGAGGCCUUCAAAUCAUAUGCUGAUUUGGACCUUGACAAUGAACGUCCUAAGCAUCUUCGCAACACUAAUUGGUGUGUUUUUAGCAACAUUCGAACUGAUAAUUACCUCGCGUUUAGACUCUUCCCUGUGGCAACAUAAAAGUGGUAGGUUGCUUACAGAAUAUCUGUUACUGUUCACCAUGUUGGAGUUCUCCAUGGCAGUCAUGGUAACUGAGUGGACCUAUAGAGCAAGACAAACAGAAUAAGUUGAUCAUUAUCACCAAUGAUGCCCUUUUCCUGUGUAUUAAGAAGAGUGUCACGGUCUCAGUCAAGGAGGAAGGUCUGAUGAUGGUGAAGAACUUUGUUCAAGAAACAGCUUUUUAUUAAGUCUUCCUUAGCAUUUCCUCACCUCCAUUUCAUUAAUAAAAACUGGUAACAGUGAA